AGGCGAGGCUCCCGAUAUUCAUUCAGCAGAUUGCCGAAGAGUCUGACCUCAGUCGCAUUGCACAGGGGAGGGGGGGGGCUGGGAAACUUUACAUUGAAAUUCCGCCGCCAUAAACGACGCUUCGUGAAUCAUUAUUUUAUUGGAUCGAACUCACUGAUCGUGAGGCUUUGCUGGAUUUUAGCUGACCCGAGCCCGCGACACGCAAACAUAACGCAGGAAGGGAGGUAUACUAUCAACAUGUGUGAUUUUUUGAGGGACCAGGAAGCCCCUGUGGCUUUGGAGACCCGAGGAGUACUAAAGCGCCAGGCAGCGUUUGACUUACAUGAAGCUACUGGACUCAAUGGAUUAUUGUCGCAUAUAGAUGAAGAACAGAGCGUGCAGGAGGUUCCAACUGGCAUGUCCUCCUUUUUAUUUGAUGUUGGAACUAAUGAGGUUCCACUCCUAACCCCUGGCAGCAAAGCAGUCAUGAGCCAGGCCCUGAAGGAAAGCUUUAGUGGCUUUGCUAAAGAAAGAUGUCGUCUCAGCAUCCCAAAAGACCCUCAUGUUUGGACUGAGCAACAUGUCAAUCAGUGGCUGCACUGGGCUGUGAAUGAGUUCAGUCUGGAGAAUGUCAAUUUCCAAAAAUUCUACAUGACUGGUCAGGUCCUCUGUGAUCUUGGGAAGGAACGUUUUCUGGAGCUGGCACCUGAUUUCAUUGGAGACAUUCUUUGGGAGCAUUUGGACCAACUAAUGAAAGAUUGCCAGGAAGCACCGCAAUUGAACUAUUUUGGAACUUCCCCUCUCAUCAACACAAGCUCCCGCUGGGUGGAUAAUAACAAUUUCCUCGCAUUCUGCUCCAAUCAGUCCCAAUGUGGAGACCAGCUUUCUGAUCUUACCGGAAGUUUCCUGUCAGAGCUUUGUCAGAUCUCAUCGGAUUCGAGUAACCAAGAUUUUCUCAAUUUGAACCAAGGCUUUCCGACUCUUUCUAACCCACAUCUGAAUAAGGUGGACAUGGGCUACUACCCCAUGCAGCAAAAGCGAAUGAAUGCAAACAGUCUGCAAGUUGGCAUAAUCGACCAGGUUGAAAGCAGGAAGCCAGGAUCUCUUGAAAGCGUCGAUAGCUUCGACAGUGCAGGGGCAUUGCUGAAAUCUUGGAACAGUCAGUCAUCUCUGUGUGACAUGCAGCGUGUUCCUUCUCAGGAUAGCUUUGAUGACGAGUAUAGCCAGCCUCUCUGUCCGAACAAACCGAAUAUCUCUUUCAAAGAUUACAUCCAAGAGAGAAAAGACCCAUUGGAGCAAGGAAAACCGGUCAUCCCAGCAGCAGUCCUGGCUGGAUUCACGGGAAGUGGACCCAUUCAACUUUGGCAGUUCCUCUUGGAAUUACUGACAGAUAAAUCCUGUCAGACGUUUAUCAGUUGGACCGGCGAUGGAUGGGAGUUUAAACUGACUGACCCUGAUGAAGUUGCUCGGCGAUGGGGCAAACGCAAGAACAAACCCAAAAUGAACUAUGAGAAAUUGAGCAGGGGUCUACGCUAUUACUAUGACAAGAACAUCAUCCACAAGACAUGUGGCAAGAGAUAUGUCUACCGCUUCGUCUGCGACCUUCACAAUCUGCUCGGAUACACAGCAGAGGAACUUCAUGCUAUGCUCGGAGUUCAGCCAGACACUGAGGAUUGAUGUGUUUGCUGUCCCUUUAUAGCCACUUUGUUUCUUUGUAAUUUCCUAACAGUGAGAAUGUGACUGGCAGUGGUCAAAUGAGUUCACUAUGGACUGGUCUGAUAUGGUGGGGAGACGUGCGUUCUGCAGGGAGGAGCAGUUAGGGAGGCAUCUUCCUUUUGAUUUGUUUAGCCAAAAUUGACAACUGGCAACGGAACCCUUUUUAAUAUAGUUACUGCUAACCUGGUGGAGGCGUGAAGUAUUGAUUUAUUACACCGAUUCAGUGCAGUGAUGCAUUUUCCCUUCUGAUUGCAUGUUGCCUAAUUUUUAAACAAGAGCUUUUCUUUCUUCUUUUUGUUGAAAACAUUGAGUACUCCUACAAACAAUCCAGUGCCAGCAAGAAAUUAUUUAACAAUAACAUGAGUACAUUUGUUAUUGUAGCUUCAGACCAAACGUGUUUCCAUAAAAUGGGAGUGUUUUAUUUGCAAUUAAGGGUCACUCCCACAAGCACAACACUGUCCAUUGUUUUAUGAUGCCUUUCAUCUCGAGUUAGUUAAUAUUUAUCUGCCACAUGAAACAGUUGGUUUGCUAUGUUGAGAAAUGGGCUACAAACAUUGAUACAAGUUCACAUCAGCCCUAAUGUAGUCAGGUCCUUGAAAAUAUUGGGUUGCACCCUACAGUGGAGUUAUUCUCAUCUUUGUUUAUUUCUUUGAUAAAUCUAAGUGUUCCUCAGAGACCAAAGGCCAAUGUCUUCUGAACAAAACGUGGAAACGUUGAACAGUUGCUAAGCAACUAUCAGGAAAUUGUAUUGCAUGUUAAACUAUCAUUAAUCCCUUGCAAUGGUAGUCACAUCUGCAGCCUGUAAAACCAAGAGUUCCCAUAUGUCGUUGUCUUUUGUGUUGACUGUUCCAAGAAUUAGUGCUAUCCUUUUUAGUGGAGGCAUGAAACUGGUUGAUAACAUUUAAAAGUUGGAGUUUAAAUACUGCAAGGUAAUUUAACAGCUUUAUAAAUGGCUCUGGCAGCUGUUUCCUGUCGCAGAGCUAUCAUUUUUUUUGCUGCCAAGGUUAAGGCAUUGUGAAAGACAGCUGAGUGGUUUAAGUGUGGGAGAGAUGUACAAGUACAGUGUUUUCAGAAGGUAAUUAAAAAUGCAGUCCUUUUGCAGCAAUACACUGGUGAAGGAUUCUAUCACUGGUCUUUUCUAAUAUACCAUGUAUUAUAAAGUUUAUGUAAAUAUAUGUGUAUAUAUUAUUUAUAUAGCUUACUUGUAGGGUUGCAGCAAAUAUUUUUGAUAGGCUGAAGUACCAAGAGCUAUCUUAAAGUAACUGUGGUUAAUCAAUGGAAAAUUUUUUGAAUGAACUUCUAUGGCUGGGUCAUGAAUUGAGACAACUUCCAGGUGCUCGAUGCUCAUUUAAUGAAACUGGUCUUUCAUUUUGAUCAAUCUUUUUACUGUUGAUAAUUAUAAGGCAAGGAAGUUUGAAUCUUACCUUGUAAUGGCUCUACUCAGGUUUCCUACAUCUGUGGGCCUCUGAUUGGAUAUGCAGAACUUAAACUAUCUAACCAAAAGAAAAAGGUCAUUAGUUUAUUUCGGGUCAGGUACAAGGAGAUUCGUUUUAUAUAUAAACUAUAAGUCACCUAGGAAAGGCUAGUGUUGCAGCUGGUUAUCUGCAUUGAAUUUGAGAAUUGUAUGAAACAAGCUGGAAAAAUAUUUUGCAUAAUUUUGGAGGUUUUGCAAAUAAUGCAAAAUGUGUAAUUUCAUGUACAGUGACUACAAAUUUGUAAUAUUAAAUAUUUUUUUUGUAUAAACGGUUGUGGUUUCCAUAUAUUUUUGAAAUAAUAAACCCAUUUCUUGAAA